AAACAAAAUCUUGAACCAAAAAUUUGGCAUGAUUCUUUUGAUAGACCUGAAGGAAGAUUAAAUAUGUAUUGUCAAAAUGAAGCUCUGGCGGUUCCAUACGUUAGUCCAAUGUUGGCCGAUAGUUUGGGCGAUUUGCCUCCCUUAUAUUUGGUAGCAGGAGAUGGUGAAAUAUUACGCGAUGAAUCAAUUUACCUUGCUCAUAGAUGUAAUGAACCAACUAAAUACAAAGGUCCGCAUUAUAAUGCUGGUAAAUUUGAAAAAUCUCCGUUCCAAACUCCAACAAAUAUUACUUUCGAUUUAUAUGAAGAAAUGCCUCACGUAUUUCAGUUGUUUGACUCCCACAUUUGUUCUGUAAUGUCAGUUAAACGUACAAUCGAAUUCAUCAAUAGAGUGGUAGACACUAAUGAACCGCUUCCUCCCUCAUCUUUCAAUCGUAUAAAUUGUAAAGGAGAAAUCAAUCCAUUAAACGAAAAUGAUAAGAAAGUUCUUCAAUGGAAAAACAUUGGUAUUUUACCAAGUUUUGAACAUAAAGUAACCGAAGUUACUUCAAAUGGAUU